AUGCAGUACACCAAGGUCGCCGCCGCCGCUUUUUUCCUCUUCUCCAGCGUCUACGCUGCUGUCCCUGCGCACAAACGCGACUCUUGCGUUGAACGCUGUGGCAAAACAUGCUACUGGCAAUCAGAUAUCGAUGCCGCCUUGAACCAAGGAUACUCCCUUUUGCAAUCCAGCCAGACCGACCAUGGCUACCCUCACCAAUACAACGACAACGAGGGGUUCGACUUCCCCGUGUCCGGCCCUUGGUACGAGUACCCGAUCCUCUCAUCCUUCAAUGUUUAUACUGGUGGACAACCUGGUGCGGAUCGUGUUAUCUUCAACGGUGACGGUGAAUAUGCUGCUCUGAUUACCCACACUGGUGCUUCUAACUACGAUGGCUUCGUUGAAUGCAAUGCUGCUUAA